AUGGAUUAAUUUCAAAGCAAGAGUCUUGACGAUUUACAAUUACAUCGACAAGCUCGUCGAAAACAACCUCAUGAUCAUCACGUCUCUGAUACAGCACGAACAGAAAUGGAUUUAACUGGUAUUGGAUGUCAAGACGAGGAUCAAUUGAACAUGAAUGAAGAUGAUGAAGACGACGACGAUGAUGAUCACGAUGAUAAUUCUCAACCACAACGAAGUCGCUCGGCCCCUGUGUCUCCAACACAAGUCUACGAUGCUGAAUUAGCUGCGUUUCUUCAAUGCGAACAACAACAACAACAACUAAUGGCUGAUUGUUUUGUUUAUAACAUGGAUCUCUCUGAUGCAACCGAAAAUUCCACUCAACAAUCCCAUUCUCGAACAGCCAUAUUCUUCGAUGAUGAUUAUUCUUUCGAAGAAACGUCGUAUGAACCAAUUGUGAAUAUCGUUCAUUCGUGUUUGCCAAUUACUGAAGAAAACGAAGAAGAACUCGAACAAUUACGACGUGAUGAUGAUGAAGAAGAACAAAAAAAUCGAAACCAUUUAUUAAAAAUAAAUGAUGGGUCAAUACCAACUAUAACAUUACAUGAUAACGAUGAUCGAGCUGAUAUACUUGAGAAUGAUGAUGAUCAGAUAAACGAUAGUGAAGCUGAUGUUAUAAUUAUGAAUACUCCUAAUAAUUUCGAUUCCAAUCAAGAUAUUGAAAAACGUCUUUCAACUAUUUAUGAAUCUCCCAGUCCACAACCUCGAACAGAAGAAGAUGGUGACGAAGACAUCUACGAUGAAGCAUAUGAUAAAUUGAUAGUAUAUGAUAUAGCUCAUAUCGAGAAACCGCCUAUUAUCAGUCCAAAAUCUCAGCCCAUUAAAUCACCGUGUUCAUCGUAUCGAUCGCCAACUAUUGAUCGAACUCGUAUACGUUCAUGCUAUACCGAUGCAUCAUUCAAACCCUGUCCUGUUUUUACGAAUACCGUGUCAGCUUCUCGUCUAUGCGGAACAUCUUCGAUCGUUAAUUCGAAAGUUUUCACACCUCCGAUGAAUAAUCCCAAUGGAAAAUCGUCUCUGUCGCCGGUGAGCAACACACAGAGUUGUUAUAUUAACAAAUCUCUUGCCUCUCUUCCAAUCGAUCAACAAUCUCCACCAAAAACCACUCCGAUGUCAUUAUCAGUUCCAAUCUUACUUCUACCAAGCACAAACGAACAAAGUACAUGCAUGAUUGAUAAUAACAAAUUAAUGCCAUCUCAGCAUAUCAAAACAAUGAAAGUAAUUCAAUCAACGUCAUCAAGUCUAUCGGAUUUUAUCAAUUCGACACCAGCAUCGACUUUAAAUAAUACAAUACAUUAUGAAGAAGUUGGAAGUAUUCAUCAUUCGUUAACCGAUUGUUCAAUUACUCCGCAUAUACCAUGUUGUAUUCCAAGUCUUGAUCAUGAAUCGUCGACAAUAAAUAAAUCAAAUGAAGAUAGUCAACGACGUCCGUCAUUUACUCGACGAAUUCUUACCAAUGGUUUAUUACUAUCUCAUUGUUCGAACCAACGACGUACACAACCGCCUUUGACAUUCAACAACCAACAUCGUUAUCAAACUAAACCGAAGAGUGAAGAGAAAUUAUCGACGUUGUCAUCACCGAUUGGUUCAUCGUCCUCAUCCUCGGAAUCCAGUUCGCCAUCAGGUGAAAAAUUCAUGUCCAGAUCUGAUUUUAUUCUUCAACAACAACAACAGCAACAACAACAACAAAAUAUCUCUCAACAACGUAAAGCUUCUAGUCUUAAGACCAUCUCUGCAACGGCUGCACAACAGCCCUCGAAAAUUCUCUAUCCAAUCGACUUCGAAACCAAUAACAACGAUCAAUCCUGGUACCAAAAACAAUCAUCUCUAUCCUCAACAUCAACACAUCAAAGCAAGGUUCCCACGUCCGACUCGGGUAUUGUCAUAGAUACGAAUGUUACUCGACCAACAUCGAAUGCGAGUAUCGAAGAAAAUGAUGCUGAUGGUAUUCCUAUUGAUCUAACGAACAGUGGUAAAUUAAAACAAUACGAAAGUAACUAUCGAAAGACAUUAGCUGAUUUAACUAUUAUCAAGAAGAACAUUGUUGAUAUUGAAAGUCGUCUCAGUGAAGCCAUGCGAGAGUUGGAAAUCGAACGUGCUUUAGUCGAAGGUGAACACGAAUUGGUCUUCAAGCAAAUUUUAGACGAUAGCGAAAGCGACCAAGAAAAAAUCCGACAUUUAUAUAAUGAUUUACAAUUACUAACCGAACGUAUUAUGUCCGAAAAAGCAUCUAUUCGUAAUGAAAUUGAAUAUACACAACAGAUACUGUAUAAACUUGAAUAUGAAUUACGUGAACUCGAAGAACAAUAUCGCCCGUCGGAUGAUAAGAUUCUCAAGAAGAAAGAAUUGCUGGCUGAGACACGAAGAAAACAUGAAGAUCUCGAAUUUCAAUUAAUGGAAUUAGAAACACGUUGUGAAGCUGAACUCGAACAAGCUGAAGAACAAUUUCAACACGAACAAAUCGUCGUAGCACAGAACUCCAAACUUCGACAGAAUACAUUGCGCGAUCUGGAUCAUCAACAGAAUGUUAUCUUACAUCAAGUUAUUAUCGAAAAAGAGAAACUCGAACGAGAAAAACAGAAAUUGAAAUUAUUAUUCAAACAAAAGAAACUCGAAGCUAACGAGUUAGAGCAAAAACUCAAUGGAUUAUCAUCAAUUGUACAUCAAGAAAAGAAACAGCAUGAAAAUGGUCAUCAAUCUUCGAACGGUAUUAUUGCUUAUCCACAUACCAAUUUCAUCUUUUUUUCUAAAAAAUUUUUACGUGUAGAUGUUUGGCUAAAUGGAAAUUCAAUUAUGUAUCAUUCAUCUCCAUCGAAUCUUUAUAGUACAUUGAAUUAUCCGGAUAAUCCUUCGUCAGCCAAAGCGAAUAUCAAAGAUAAUCAUCAGGCGAAAUUGGACGAGAUCAAAGAAAUGAUUGCGGUUGCUAAACUAGAAAAAAUGUCAAUUCUUGAACACCAAUUACGCGAACGUUAUGAUGAACUUGUUCAAUCUCAUGAUGACCAUACCAAACGUAUCGAAUUAGAACAAAAAUUAGCUAAUGAAAUGCACAAUCGUGGCCAUCAUCUGAUCGAUCGGCAAGUCAAAUUACGUGAAAAGAAUCGAAUGCAGGAACGUCCACUGACGCGUUAUUUACCAAUUCGCUCCGUUGAUUUUGAUCUACGUGCUCAUAUUGAAGGUGCUGGUCAUUUAUUAGAUUCAUCUCAUAUUCAUGUGACUUCGACAUCAUGUCGUGGUUUUCUUCUCAAAAUGGGUGGAAUGAAAUUCAAGACGUGGAAUCGUCGUUGGUUUGUUUUUGACCGCAAACGUCGUUCAUUAUUUUAUUAUCAGGAUAAAACGGAAAGUAAACUACGAGGUUGCAUUUAUUUUCAAUCGAUCCUUGAAGUUUAUGUCGAUCAUCUGCAAUCGAUUUCAUUGCGUUCACCGGAACCACGUGAAGCAACUUUUAUCGUUAAAACCAUCGAACGACCUUAUUACUUAGUUGCACCAACGGUUGAAUCUAUGCGUAUUUGGGUUGAUGUUAUCAUCACUGGUGCUGAAGGAAAUACAUUUGCUGGAGAAAGCUAA